GUGCAUGCGAAAUGUUUGUGAUUGACUCAUGUGCGAUUGGUGUUCUGUAAUCGUGGUAUUUAAAUUGAUUGACAGAUUAUCGAGGUCUGAUCCUCAGAGUUAUUUGAUUUCGGUAUUGUGUCGCACAGUUUUUUGAACGGCAAUUUCUUUUAGAAUACCGAAUCUUCUCUUCAGUUAAGGUGUUUUAGUUGUAAAGAAAACAGUAACCUCAAAAGAAUUAUUUUUAAGCGCUCUUUGCUGUACGUCGUCGGCAUAAAAUGGAAGAUCUUGAUGCUCUGUUGGCUGAUCUGCAGAAUCAAACGCAGCUCAACCUCUCCUCCGCCGUUUGCCCCACUCCCCCGAGCACAAACAGUUAUGCAGCUGUGAUGUCUCACGGCCCUCGACCUUCCAACGCCACUGUCACCACUACGGUGACGACGGAGCGUUACGAAUACCGGAAUGGAGCUCCAGACGAUCAGCCCAUUUACCAGAAUCAGCAUGCCAUUCAUAGUGCCAUGAAUGAAAAGCCUGCUUCUAAGCCUGAUUUUGCUAGCAAUCUCUCUGAAUUGGACAGUUUAUUGGAAGAUCUGAAUUCAGCACGUUAUGCAAAUUAUCCUGCCAAAAAAGGAUAUACAUCUCCUAGUUACAAUGUUUACAGUAAUGAAACCACAAUCAAAAAUUCUUCCAAUGGAUAUGCAGAGCCUAUUAGACCAACUGUUGAUAGUCUCCUGGAUGAACUUCAAAGUGGCUUGCCAGAUACUCCCAAACAUUCAAAUGUGAAGUAUAAAGAGAGUAUUCAGUCUACUGUCACCUACCCUCCCCUUCCCCAGACAGUUGAUUCGUCUGCACCUGCUGCAUCUUCAGCUACCAAGGAACUCGAUGAUCUCAUGGCCUCUUUAUCAGAUUUCAAGCACACACAGCCAACUAAACCGGCUGAGGCCCAGUACGCCAAGCCCAAUAAGGUGAGCAAGUCACCGACAGGAACUUCUAAAGGUGUUGAUCAAUUGGAUUCUAUGCUUGGUACUUUACAAUCGGAUAUGAGCAAACAAGGUGUCAACACAAGUCCAAAGGGUCAUUGCACUGCUUGCAAUAAGCCCAUUGUUGGUCAGGUUGUGACAGCAUUGGGUAAAACAUGGCACAAAGAACAUUUUGUCUGUGGUCAUUGCCAUCAAGAGCUGGGAACUAAAAACUUUUUUGAAAGAGAUGGUGUUCCUUAUUGUGAAACAGAUUACCACAAUAUCUUUUCUCCCAAGUGUGCAUACUGCAAUGCUGCCAUUUUAGGAAAAUGCAUUACAGCUCUUGAAAAAACAUGGCAUCCAGAACAUUUCUUUUGCACUCAGUGUGGCAAACAAUUUGGGGAGGAAGGCUUCCAUGAAAAAGAUGGAAAACCUUAUUGUCGGGAUGAUUUCUUGGAAAAUUUUGCCCUUAAAUGUGCUGGUUGCAAUCGACCCAUUACAGAAAACUAUAUUUCUGCUAUGAAUAGUCAAUGGCAUCCUGGCUGUUUUGCUUGCAGAGAUUGCCGGCAACCCUUCAAUGGUGGAAGUUUCUUUGAACACGAAGGCCAACCUUACUGUGAGCUCCAUUACCACGCCAAACGCGGUUCCCUUUGCGCGGGAUGUCACAAGCCAAUCAGCGGUCGUUGCGUCACGGCUAUGUCCCGGAAAUUUCAUCCCGAACAUUUCGUCUGCUCGUUCUGUCUCAAGCAACUUAACAAGGGCACCUUCAAAGAGCAGAACGAUAAGCCUUACUGUCACCCAUGCUUCGAGAAACUGUUCGCCUAAAAUUAAAAUGAACUGUGAAUUAAAAAAGAAUUGGAAAUGUUUUCUACUUUUCUUCAGCCACUAGCCAGCUUUCCGACUGGAAAACUUUGCUGCUGCUGUUUCUGUGUUUCUCCAAAUGUUGACUGUGCUUUUUUUUUUUUUUUUUUUUUUUUUUGCUAGGCCGGCUCAAGUUAUUCAAGGUUGUGUCAAGUAUUUUUAUGUGCAUCGUGGGUUUUUAAUCAUUGUUCUUAAAUCUUUCAAGCCCCUUUGUAGAAAUUCAGUUGGGGGCUGAUUUUUGUAACUUGAGAUAAUUGAACUCUUGAUCAUAGCAGAUGGUGAUCUAAAAACCCACGAGCUAUUUCAACAAUGUCUAUUUUGAUUUUGGGGUUGCUUCAUUUUUAUUUUAAUGUUGUAAUUUUUUGAAUACUUUAAAUUUCUCUUAAUUUUGUCUAAUUAGCCAAAAUCAUUUUAUUAUAGUAAUUAAUUAAUUAAUUAAUGAGUUUUAUAACAUUCAGAAAUCAUUCAACUUUUUCAGAGACACAAAACAUUUAAAAAAUUAACUUUUUAUGUUAUCCCUUAAACAAAGUUUUUGCAUUUACGUUGAAUCAGUAUUUCCGUAGAAUUUUAUAUCAUUUUCAAAAUGUGUCAUAUUUAUGUAUUAUUCCCUUGCCAUAUUUUGACUAGUUCACGGGAUUUUUAGUUAUGAAUUCGCUUCUAAAUAUUUAUAUAUAUAUAUAUAUGAAUCCUUUAUUCUCGCUUGUUCCUAUAAACGGAUGAUCUGAAUGAAGUGUUUGCUGUUUUUUUUGACAUUGUUACAAAUAUGUAUGAUUGCACUGUAUAUAUUUGAACUAGAGAAAAAAAAGCUAUCCCUUCUUUAAGUUUGAUUAAUAGCUAUUGCUUCGUUGUAGAUCUUUAUUUUAAUUAUGUAUAGAUUGUAUAAAAUCCGCGUUUUCGAAUUGACUUAUUAUUAUUCUUUAUAAAAUAUCUGCAGUAUUAUCUCUCUUAACCGGUGAAGCCAAUUUCAAGUACAAAAUUUUGGCGCACAGUUGAUUAUAAUAUUGGAAUUUUACUAGUCUAUAGGAAUUGCGAAAGUUUUAUUGGUCUAUUUCCCGAUCUAUCUUCUGUAAUUACAUAAACAACAUCAAAAUUAGAAGAGAUUCAAAAGGAAAAAAAAAUAUGUUACUUAAGUUUACCUUAUACAACUUUUCAAGCAUUUUUUCAGUUAAUGCUGUGAUGUUGAAAUUCUGCCUAAAUGCAAAUUUGAUUUGUAGACUCUAAUUUUGUAUUCGAUUAUUUGACUUUAAGUAAUCCAGUUUUUAAAAAAUUACUUUUGUUAGUGAAGUACCGGUUACAAGGGAUUUUGCUGUAUUUCUCAAAGUUAAAAUUCAUUGGCUAGUGUUAAGGCUUAAGUGGUCACAAGCAAUUGCAGAUAUUCUUCUGUAUAAGUUUUUUUUUUUUUCUGUAAAAGUGUUUGUUUUGACGAUGGGCAAUAUUAAUGAAGAUACAGUAUGGUAGAGAUAAGGCCAUGCAUUGAAGCCUUUUUGCUGUCAAUGUCAGUAAAGUGAAUAGGAUUGUCAUUUGCUUAAUUCAUUAAAACGUUUUUCUUUCGGGCUGCGACGUGGUAUUUUAAAUUAUGAAUAUAUCGUUCUUUAAUAUUUUGAAUACUUCUAAAAGUCUUCCGCUAAUUUUUUGUCUCACAGUAUGUAUGUGUUGGCCUUGUGAAAAAUUUGUAGUUCGUUUAAAAAUGUGCAACUAUUUGUCUGACUUAUUUAGCGGUGUAUAAAUGUCAUUCGUCUUUUACGUUUCUUUAAAAAAAUUCAAAAAAAAAAUUACUAAAUAAUUAUUAACUUCUCUUUUUGGAGUAUAAAAUUCGUUAUUAUCUUGCAGUUUGCGAACUUUAAUCACAGUAGACAAUCAAAAUAUUUUCAUUUGGUUUUCUCUUGAUGCUGCAGUCAUCAAACAAUCGUAAUUAGUUAUUUAACUAUUAGUAAUUUUAUUUCAUUGAGAUAAUUUGACAUAUGAAUAAAUUUGUAAAUAAUAUAUUUAAGUUUUCAAUUUUAUUCUAAUGGGUGUAUCCAGUUACUAGUUUUUAAAUUAACAUCAAGGUAACUGUUCCAAUUGUGUUAUUAAUAAUCAAAAAAAUAAAGUUGUUAUAUGAACAAUUUUCGUUUUAAAUUGAGGUAUGAAUUUUUCAUGCAUUCAUAUUGUAUCAAAAUUAUUACACAUAAAAAAAUGAUUCAUCGUCAGGAUUAUUAAAUGCUUACUUAUAUGCCAUGAUUUAUCUAGCGAAUGGUUUAUUGCUUUGAUAAUGGUUGUUAUUCUUGUUGAUCUCUUUUAAAGAAAUGUACUCUAACAAUAAAGACUUUGUUUUUAA